CGUCGCGAAAGAGAGAAAGAAUCGAGAAAACUUGGAAGUGUACAUUUUCAUAGCAAUUUAAUUUUGCUGUGGUGUCCGUCUGCGCUCCCUAGUUGCGAAGAAACAAACGUCUACCGUAAAAUUCCACCUUGUGAUAGUUACUUUACACAUUUGCCAGCGAACGCUAGUGCAAACGGCGCUGUCCAUCGACUCUAGGGACCGCCCCGACGACAGUGUGUAAUCUGGUGUGCUGGAAGGAAAAAAUCAGUACCGUGCAAUCGCAGCAGCCAGUGCGCUUAUUAUAAAGUGAAGCCAGGGUUUUUUUUCGGUUCGUACACGCAAACCUGAGUGAAGAAGACGAACUCCCGCAUCCACUAUGAGUCCCGAAUACGACUAUUUGUUUAAACUGUUGCUGAUCGGCGACUCUGGAGUUGGAAAGUCAUGCCUGCUGCUAAGAUUUGCCGAUGAUACAUAUACGGAAAGUUACAUCAGCACAAUUGGUGUAGAUUUUAAAAUUAGAACCAUAGAUCUGGAUGGAAAAACGAUUAAACUGCAGAUCUGGGAUACUGCCGGACAGGAACGCUUCCGUACGAUAACGUCGUCCUACUAUCGCGGUGCACACGGUAUCAUCGUCGUAUACGACUGUACCGAUCACGACUCGUUCGAGAAUGUGAAACAAUGGCUGGAGGAAAUCGAACGUUACGCUUGCGACAAUGUCAACAAACUGCUAGUAGGAAACAAGUGUGAUCUGCAGACGAAGAAGCGCGUCGACACCACAACGGCCAUGGAAUUGGCAAAUCAGCUGGGCAUUCCUUUCUUGGAAACGUCGGCGAAAAACGCUACAAACGUAGAGCAAGCGUUCAUGACCAUGGCGGCCGAAAUCAAGAAUCGCGUGGGACCUCCGUCCAGUGCCGCUGAUCCCCCGAGUGCUGUGAAGAUCGACAAAGGACGCAAUGUGGAGCAGAAAUCAGGCUGUUGCUGAACAAUCUGUACUCAAACUAACAUACAAACACACAGACCACGUUCGGCAGUUAUUAUUAUGAUUAUGAUUAUCAUCCCAAAACAAAUGACCGAUCACACAAUACCGCGACCGUCACAACUACCACCUCCUCCACAACAAUAACAGCAGUCGAAGUAGCAUACAAUUAGAUCGAGACAAACCAACAAGACAAGUAGCAGGCAAAACUAAAUAUCGGCCAACCACCAGCUACCAAAUUCUUUUGCUGCUUUUCUUUAUUAAGUACCAACACGGUGCUGGCGGGAUUGAAAGAUUGCUUACUUCUGGGCGUAGAUGUUUUAUGUUCUCUUAUUCACGUGUUAGGUUGCCGUAACAAACACCCACACUUCUUGCUGAUAGUUCUACUAUAAUUAUUAUUAUCAUUAUACUAAUUAUUCAUACCGGUUUUUGGAGGGAAAGGAAGAAAAGCAUCCGCUGCACCUAGGAACCGUUAGAAGUGAGAACGAGAAGAAAAAAUCAACAAUAUAUUUGUGCAAGUAAAAUCACGCCAGCAUGGGCGUGUGAGCAUAGAACGUAGCUAACAACAUCAACAAUAAUAAACCAAGAAUUGCAAAAUUUUGAAGCUCAUUCGAUGCUUACGUUGGAACAGCUAAGUAUCAAACAAGCACACGCACACGCCCAGAAUAUUUGGAAAAUUCAGUGCUGGACUGUGGAAUGCGAGCAUCUGUAGCGUGCAGUAGUGGUGCAAAAUAGAAAAAAGGAAACAUUAAUGAGAGACAUAAUAAAUAGAGGAAAUUGGAAAAUGUUGUGCA